CGGCGAGAAGGAGGGGGAAAAGGGAGGAGCUGGGCAGGAGCAGUGGAGAGCUCCGCCUCCAGGAGAGAAUGAUGCGCUCCGAAUGAGGCUGAAAGGCUAUAUAGGCUUUUAGCCUGGCAAAGAGAACAGGGAAGUCCUGAGUUAAAAGAGUGACAUGAGUGCAGAAGAAGCCAGAUGAGGUCUUUGAGAGUUUCAGAUCAUCAGGGAAAGGGCCAACCCACCCAAGGUGGGGUGGGCAGGAACAGUGGUGCCCUAUAGUCCCCCACUUGACCCAAGCUACAUCCUCCAAUAUACUAGGGGUGCAUCUCUUUCCUGACUUCCUCCAGGUAGUGGACACCCACUGCAUGCAGCACCUUUUCAGCCCUUUCAGGGUAAAAAGGGUAAGGGCUGCACAAGAAAAUCUCAGUUCUCAGAAUAGUGUUAAAUGGCUCCUUGUGGUCUGGGAGUGCAGUGCCAGGCUACCAGCACCAACCUCCACUGAUGAUGCUCUGGCCCAUAUACCUCCUUGUGCCGACUUGCCCAGUGUGAGAACCUUGGUUUGGGGGCAAGUACAGAACAUAUAUCCUGACUGAUCCCAGAGACAGAGCCACAGAUGGUCAGGAAGAGGUGAAAGGCCCACCUGGGCUCCCGUAGCAUACUCUUGGGAAAAUCACUCAAAGCAAAGCAGUUGUAGCUCCCCUUUGCUCCUGGGGUGGAGGCUUCAUGGCCUCUUCCUCCAGGAAGCCUCCUAGGAUUCAGAUAACCCUUCUCAGCAACUUGGUAAGGACAAGUUACUCCCAUUCUUUUAGGUGGGAGCUUGAGCCCUGACCCAGGCAAAGCAAUCCCAGGCCACAAACCCCUUGAAGAUUUUCCUUUUACCUCACAGGAGAUGCCAGCACCCAAAGGCAGCCAGGAAUGGUAUGGUGGCUUCAAGAGGUCACCAGAAGUCCCCAUUGGAAUCCUCUCUGCCCCUCCCUUUCAGAUUAACCGAAACCUGCUAAUUGUGGCAGUCCUUGCAUGCUCCCCUCCCCCACAGCCUCUUCCUCUCUCUCCUCCCCCUUCCAUAAGAAUGAUAAAGGGCCUGGCCCGCCGGCUCUGACCCGGCCUCAGGCUCUGGCCCAAACUUGCCACACACCCUGGCAGCCCUGGGCCAAGCUUUGGACCACACUGCCAGCCCCCACACACACAUGGGGCCCUGCAGCAACUCCCGCCUGGGGCUCCUUGAGGCAGGGUCACCCUCGAAGCCCCCCAAGAGGAGGAAGAAGAGAUACCUGCGACAUGACAAGCCCCCGUACACCUACUUGGCCAUGAUCGCCCUGGUGAUUCAGGCUGCACCCUCCCGCAGGCUGAAGCUGGCCCAGAUCAUCCGGCAGGUCCAGGCCGUUUUCCCCUUCUUCAGGGAUGACUACGAGGGCUGGAAGGACUCCAUUCGCCACAACCUUUCCUCCAACCGAUGCUUCCACAAGGUGCCCAAGGACCCUUCGAAGCCCCAAGCCAAAGGCAACUUCUGGGCAGUAGACGUGAGCCUGAUCCCAGCAGAGGCGCUGCGCCUGCAGAACACAGCCCUAUGCCGGCGCUGGCAGAACCGGGGCACAUGCAGAGCCUUCGCCAAGGACCUAAGCCCCUAUGUGCUGCACGGCCGGCCCUAUAGGACACCCAGUCCUCUACCACAGCCCAGCGAAGGAUUCAGCAUCAAGUCCCUGCUAGGGCAGCCUCAAAAGGAGGCACCCUGGCCCCAGCAGCCUAACCUGGCUAGACAGAACAGCCCAGCUCAGGCAGGCUUGGGGGGCAGUGGGGAGGAGGUGGUGCAUACUCCACCACUUUCCUCCUCUGAGAGGCCUCUGUGGCCCCUCUGCUCUCUCCAGGGGCCCACAACAGUGGAAGGGGACAGUUCCCAAGGAGCAGUCAUUGGGCCCUCAGCAAUAUCCCCACAACCCACAACUUGGCCCCUCCAUGUAUUACAGGGUAGUGUAGACCCCGGGGAGCUGCCCAGUGGGGAAUGCCGGACCUCCUUGUGGGGACAGCUGCCCACCUCCUACUUGCCCAUUUACACUCCCAAUGUGGUAAUGCCGUUGGCCCCUCUGCCACCCACCUCCUGUCCUCAAUGCCCACCUUCAACCAGCCCAGCCUAUUGGGGGGUUGCUCCCGAGUCUGGGGCUUCCCCCGGGCUGCUCUGGGAUCUAGACACCCUCUUUCAGGGAGUACCACCCAACAAGAGCAUCUAUGAUGUGUGGCUCAGCCACCCUCGGGACUUGGCUGCCCCUGCCCCAGGCUGGCUGUUCUCCUGGUACAGUCUGUGAAGCUCUCAGGACAGGGGCUACCCCCACCCAGCAUGCCCAGUUUGAUAAGGAGCCUCGGUUAGGCU